GCGCGCUCUCCUCCAUCUUUACCCAGCACCCCGCGCGGCGCCGCCACUCAUACUCGCAGCUUUCAGCGGGGUUUUUAUUACGAUAUUGUUUCUCCCGAGGACCGAGCUUUGAGCCACGGUUCGACAACAGACCCCUCUUUUUUUUCCGCCGGUGAAUAAUAAGCGAGGAUUGUUGGACGGAACCGUAAUGGCGACUGCAAGCGCGACUCCGCACCGGGACGCGGGCCGGCCCGCGGCCUCCACGCCGCUGUCCCCCACCAGGAUCACCCGCCUGCAGGAGAAGCAGGACCUGCAGCACCUCAACGACCGGCUGGCCGUUUACAUCGACCGGGUCCGCUCGCUGGAGCUGGAGAACGACCGGCUGCAGGUCAAAGUGUCCGAGAAGGAGGAGGUGACCACAAGAGAGGUGACGGGUCUGAAAUCUCUAUACGAGGCUGAGCUGGCCGAUGCUCGGCGGGUUCUGGAUGAAACUGCCAGAGAGAGAGCCCGGCUCCAGAUCGACCUGGGGAAGGCCCAGGCCGACCUGGAUGAAGCCACGCGCAGUGCCAAGAAGAAGGACGGCGACCUCGCUGCAGCUCUGUCCAGGGCCAGCGGUCUGGAGGGUCAGCUGAACAAGAGCGAGGCCGCUCUGGCCACCGCGCAGAGUCACAACAACGCCCUGACGUCGGAGCUGGCUGAUGUCAAGAGCCUGCUGGCCAAGGCAGAGGACAGCCAUGCUGUUGCCAAGCGGCAGCUGGAGGCGGAAACGCUGAUGCGCGUGGACCUGGAGAACCGCUGCCAGUCUCUGAGCGAGGAGCUGGAGUUCAGGAAGGGCAUGUUUGAAGAGGAAAUCCGGGGGUCUCGGCGUCGACAGGAGCAGAGGAUCGUGGAGGUGGAUUCUGGAGUUCGGCAGGACUACGAGUUCAAGCUGGCUCAGGCUCUGCAGGACUUGAGGAAGCAACAUGACGAACAGGUCUCUCUCUACAAGGAGGAACUGGAGCAGACCUUCAGGGCCAAGCUGGACAACGCCAAGGUGUCCUCCGACAUCAACGACAAGGCUGUGGGUGCAGCGAGGGAGGAGGUGCAGGAGUCCCGCAUGAGGAUCGAGGGCCUCAGCUACCAGCUCAGCGGCCUGCAGAAACAGCUAACGGCAUCAGAAGACCGGAUCAGGGAGCUGGAGGACAUCCUGUCAGCCGAGCGGGACAGGAGUCGCCGCACCAUCGAGGGGAAGGAGCAGGAGAUGAGCGAGCUGAGAGACAGGAUGAACGCUCAGCUCAGCGAGUACCAGGAGCUGCUGGACGUGAAGCUGGCCCUGGACAUGGAGAUCAACGCCUACAGGAAGCUGCUGGAGGGGGAGGAGCACAGACUCAAGUUGUCCCCGAGCCCGUCUUCUAAAGUGACCGUUUCCAGGGUAACCGGAUCCUCCUCCUCCCGUUCCUCCAAGAGGAAAAGACUGGAGGUGGAGUCUCAGGAUGUGGUGGAGCUGAGCGGAGGGGAGCAGCUGCUGGUGUCCGAGGACGCUACAGCCAGCGGGGCCGUCAACAUCAACCCCACCGACAUGGACGGCAACGCCGUCACCCUGACCAACGAUGGAGAGCAGGACCAACCUUUGGGCAACUGGAGACUGAAUAGACAAGUUGAUGAUGAAGAGGAGGUCGUCUACAAGUUCUCCCCGAAAUAUGUACUCAAGGCUGGAAUGACGGUCACGGUGUGGUCUGCUGAUGCCGGCGUAGCCCACGGCCCCCCAUCCGACCUGCUGUGGAAGAGCCAGGCCUCCUGGGGCAUAGGAAACGUCAUGGUCACCUCUCUGGUCAACUCUGACGGCGAGGAGGUGGCCAGAAGGACCGUCACCAAGACUCAGGUGGAGGUAGAAAACGGCGACGGAGAGGAAGAGGAAGUUGUACAAAAGGGCAAAGUGUCGUCCAGAGAGUGCAGCAUCAUGUGAGCCCUUCCCCGCUUUUACCAGUCGAUGGCUUUGAUCUCCUCAUUUUAUAUAAAUAUAUAAUUUUUUAUUGUUGUUGUUCUCAAAAGCCACUCAAACAGGAUCCCAGCUAUCAUUUAGUGUUUUUAUUGUUCCAGACCAGACUAGAGUUUUUUAAGUAAUGGGGGGCUCUAUUUUCUCUGAAUAUUUCUAAAGAUGCCUCAGUGAAAGAUGCGAAGGCCGUGGAGCCAAAAACUUUCCAUUGAGUUUUCCGCAACUUUGUUUUUAUUUUUUGGGUUUUUUUUAGUAGUAUACACGUCAAUGACUAAUUUCAUUGUUUGGUCUUUUUAAUCAUCCUUUCUGAAUGUGUUUCUUAUAUAAAACAACAUUUACUGGUGUGUCAAACCAAAUGACUUUAGUGUGCUGCAUAUUGCAUUAGUAUUUUUUUUUAUCGCAUAUUCCUUUUGUUCUGCGUGAACGUGCAGCCCGAGGAGACGCUGCAUCCUUUCUGCAUUCAUGUCGGAUUUCCCCUUUUGUGAGAUCAGCCAGGAACCUGCUGGCUGUGGAUAGCUGUGAUGUGUCUGGACUUCUGAGUUGAGCCUCUGCAUCACCUACUACUGACACGGAAAACUGACUGAUACUCCGACUAAAACCUUGUCAUUUUCUUUUACUUAUAACCUUUGAGAAGUAUCAAUGACAUGAAAUUGUUCAUCGGACCUGUUUUUGUCAGAUUUAAACAUUUAUGUCUGAAAGGCUUGAAGCCGCAUCCCUGAAACGCUGUGACGCAAACCCACUAGCGGUAGAACAAGCUUAUCAAUAGCCGUUUUAUCUGGAAAAGAGUUUAACGGUCCGUAGUGGUAGAAAGAUGACUGACUUUUACUGAAGGCCUUUGCACACCAGGUGCAUUUUAAGAAAAAAAAAAAACGAAAAAAAACUUUGUACAUGAAUUUCUUUUGACCAAUCAAAUCAGUGCAGGCUUCUGCACCAGUGAUGUUAUUUGUCUGGGUGGUGCAGGUUUGAUUUUGCGUGAAGGAUCAGGGCACACCCUUGUCCGUUCCCAUAUAUACAAACAACCAAGUAACCUAACAUCUUUCUUUGGGCUGUUGAAGCGAUCGUACAAUUGCCACAGAGAAUGGGCCCCAACUGAGACUUGAACCAGGAACCUUUUUAGCUCUGAGGCGCCGCUGCUGCCUGUCGGCCUCUCACCUCAAACAGAUUCACAGUUCUGUGCAGUUUAUUCACUUCGCCUUUAGCUUGCAAAGACCUUAAGACUGUAUGACCUGGUGGAUGAUGAUGAUGGAGACGGAGAAGAAGUUUUUCCUACAAGAACUUUGAACUUUGAGAAAGUUGUACAUCACUUUCCCGAUACUGUCUGGGAUUUCAUCCCUUUCUCAGACCCUUUUACUUGCAUUAUUAGUUCACUGAGUCUCUCCGUCGCCUCUUAGCUGACGCCCACUGUGGCUCAGAGCUGGUUUCAUCGUUGUUGAUGCGUAGUUCUGUAAAACAUUACGUAGUGACGCAGGAGAUGAGCGGGACAGAGUCCAAAGUUAGUUUGGACAAGGCUGGGGACAGAAGACCACAAGAGCUGUACAACUCAACUUGAAAUGGAUCAACUACCGCUGGAAAAAAUAUGCUACAAGGGCUUCACUUUGGCUCUCUGGACAACUUGAAGAUGUAGCUCUAGUCCUGAGUGGAUUAUUUAGACAUGGCCUAGAAAAGCUCUGUCUGGACACCCCUAGGAGGGAUCCUGGGGUGUUUGUCACCUCAACUGGUUCACCCCUGAUCACACAGGCAAAGUUCUGCCACCCUGAGGUGAAAACCCACUCCCCGAUGAUACCAUGGGAGAUGCAUGUCCUAAAAACCCUUUAUGAUGUAAAGAACGGGGUCCUGGCAAGGAGCUUAUUGCAGGCUGACCAGUGUGAGGUCCAGAUAAAUAAAGUGAAGCCCAUCCUUUUCCUCAAGAGGGAGAGUACUGCCUGGGUGUAGUGUACUACAAAAGGUCCAUGCGCUCAUCAACAUCACGAGCCUUCAACAGUUCCGUGCAAAUCUGAUCCAGCUUCGGUGCUUACUGCUGCAGUUUUAAAUGACUACCUCAAAGGUACCACAUAUGGGCCCAGACCCCGGCCACGUCCAGCUGUACCGUCCACAUGGAAGACAAGUUCUGUGUUCAGGAGUUCAUUUAAGAGCUCUUUCCAGAGCUAGACACUACCCUCAGUCACGCUCAAGGAAAGAUCUCCUUCGCUGAGCACAGCCUGGAUAAUGGCCCUCUGCUGAGCUUUCCAAAAGCUCCAGUCCAACCACUUGGUAGACCUCUCCAAACACCUCGCGCAACGGAGUUUCAGGAGAGACCUCUCCAAACACCUCCCACGAUGGAGUUUUAGGAGAGACCUCUCCAAACACCUCGCACAACGGAGUUUCACUGCUUCAGUGUUCCCAACUGCUGCCCUCUGUUUCCUGACACAUAUCUGAUCUAUGGGGGGUUUCCCAACCAAACCGUGCCCAGAAAGCCUCCCCUGGCGUUGGUUUUCCACCAGUGGAUCCUUGGGUAUCACCCAAGAACGGCACUGAGUGAAGCAAACUAGUUCACUCUUGCAUUGCCAGGUCAACAGUGUUGGUCUUUGGGAAAAACUCCUCCAAUGGAAUCCACCCCAGACUCUCUUUCCCAACAGACCUCGCCUAACGUUAAUUCAGUAGGCCUUUAGUCAGUCCUUUCUGCCUUCUGCUCCAGUUGGUCCCCAGGUCCCGGGCAGCUCCUCAUCUUCCCGGGAAGGUUGGGAACAAGUAAUUUGUAUCAGGUGACUUGCUUACAAAGUAGAUUGUUGAUUCUGAACUUCUAGCGGUCUAGUUUUUAGUCCUCUUGAUGAGCCUCGUGCUUGUUCUAGACAGACGACGUGUCGCGCAGAAGCCAAACAAGUCACCACGUAGGUGGGUGGGAAGCGUGUAGGCCCCUCCACGUAGAGCCCCUUCGGGCUGGGAAGGCCCCGACUCCAGGGGACGCUCGUGGGCUUCCUGUUUCAGACAGGGUUGCAUUUUUUUCUUUCCCUCAAAAGUUGUCAUCCCUUAUAGGAAAUGGUCGAAGGUAUCAUGUAUUUUGACACAGAACUGGGAGGUUUUUAUAAACGGACAACUGUAUAAGCUCUACCAUGACAAGAUCGUUAUCUAAGCAGAAAUCGAUCCACAACCAACAAUUGUGAUUGAGGUGAGAAGACGACUUCUCCAUCUCCAUUCUUUACUGUAGAGCAGUAUUCCUCAGCUCUGGCCUGCAUGCGUCACGUUUUCCUGCUCCUGUACCAAAGGAGUAGAUUAGCACAAGUGUCUUAAAGGGCCGUUUCUUCCCACCAAGUAUUCCAAGUUUGGACCUUCAUACUUGUUAGUUGGUCAUCAGUUUGAGAGUACGGUUGGGUCUUUCUGCUGUUUGACGCCACAGCUCUGCUAGCCGGCCCGGGCAGCUCUGAAAAUGUUGGAAUUUUGAAAUAAGCCAUCUUCAAAAAUCCUAAUUUUUGCAUAAAAACGUCUUUAAAGUAUAUUCCAUUACUGCAAGUUAAUGGAUACAGGAUUGUGGAAACGGCUGCUCUGAUUCCGACACCAGCAUCGGAAACGCUGGCCAGUUCUGCCGAAAACGAUGCAUACAUCGACAUCUGCAAGUGUUGGUCUGUGCACAAUCCAGUACGGCAUAAACAGGACCUUUAUUCUUCUUUUUUGCGCUGAAAAGCCAGCUCAGGAAAUGGCACAACACUGCGCACAACUCUAUCACCUGAUACUUUCAGUGUCUCCCAUCAACGCACAUUUGUAGUUAAUUAAAUUGGCGGAGCAAGAACCGAUCCGGACAGUCUGGGCUAGAUGAGAACUUUGAAUUGGGAAGAUAUUUUAAUGUUAAAACAAACAGGAACACAGUUCCAGUAAAGAGCCCAGUCCGCACAAUGAAUGUUAAUUGUUUGGAGCAGGGAACCGUGGAGCUGCAGGCCGGGGGCCCGACAACUGAGGAACACUGUUGUAGGACAUUAAAUGUACUGAUGUGAAUUAUAGGGAAAUUCAGUUAUUAUUUUGUGUGCUGUGCUUUACUAUUGUUUUAUUUCACUAGUUCUUUGCUAUGUAAUCAGUUUAACUUGAACCUUUGUGUAUAGAUUCCAGGGGUGGUUAUAAGGUGUGGUAGGACCUGAAUGAGCUUGGGCUUAAAUGUAUUUCAUGGUUUACAUGCAAAAGUAACUUAACACUACUGCUGCAAUGUUGCUCUAAGAGUCUUGUUUGGAGUGAAGGACAGAACCAUUUUGAGUUCGCAGAAGGAUUAAAAAAAAAAAUUGGAUCUGACAAAUUCCUCUUAAAAACUUUUUUAUUCUCAGAUUUUAAAUAAGCAGAGACUUAGUAUUCAUGUGGGCAGUAUGGCAUGCAAAAUGUCAGUUUUUCAUUCAUGUUUACCUGUUGACUUACUUUUUGUACACGCAAUAAAGGUUUUACACAUGC